UUGGAUUUUGUUGUUCAUUGUUGGUCGAUUGUGAUUGUUGGUUGAGUGAGAUCAGGGAAAUUUUUGUACUAUAAGUUACUUUGUGAACAAGAAUUUAUAUUAAGGAAAGAGUUCUUAUAAACUAAUCAAAAUGAACAGAAUAUUCGGCAGAGGAAAACAAAAGACUCCGGGUCCAAGCAUAACGGACUGCAUUAGCACUGUGGAUGGUCGAGCAGAUAAUAUAGAGCAGAAGGUCAACAAGUUAGAGACAGAACUAAGGAAAUAUAAAGACCAAAUGGCUAAAAUGAGAGAAGGACCAGCGAAAAACUCUGUUAAACAAAAAGCUAUGCGGGUUCUAAAGCAGAAGAAAAUGUAUGAACAACAGCUGGAAAGUCUCCGAGCUCAAUCUUUCAACAUGGAGCAAGCCAACUAUGCCACACAAACAUUAAAAGACACGCACGCCACAGUCCAGGCCAUGAAAGAUGGUGUCACUCAGAUGAAGAAGGAGUUUAAGAAGAUCAAUAUAGAUAACAUUGAGGAUGUGAACGACGAAUUAGCAGACAUGUUGGAGCAAGCUGACGAGGUGCAGGAAGCCCUGGGCCGCCAGUACGGCAUGCCGGAGAUCGAUGAUGACGAAUUAGCUGCCGAACUUGACGCCCUAGGCGACGAGAUAGCCCUGGACGACGACACGUCGUACCUGGACGACGUGGUGAAGGCGCCGGCCGCGCCCGACCGGGAGCCGGGCGCCGACAGCGCGCGCGGCAGGGACGGCGUGCCGGUCGACGAGUUCGGCCUCCCGCAGGUGCCCAGCGCCGCGCAGACGUCGCGCUAGGCUUCGAGCGAGCUGCCCUUGUUGCCGACGUAUUUCAGAUAAAGGUGCGUACAGAUCUGGCGAAUGCGACGCGCACUAUUUGCGAACCGCUCGCACUGUACGAAGCACAAGUACAGAUCACAGACCACCUCAUCCACAAGACGGAGCACGUAAGCGCUUCCUUAUCAAUUUAUUAUUUACGCCAUUUACGACCUCGUGUAAAUUAAAAACAAUUACAAAAAUUUAGCUUUAGGGGUGUACCUGAGUUGUUAUAGUAAAAAAAGUGUAGAAUACGACUCAGUUGUGCUGCUUGAAUCGAACCAUGUUACAAGUAAAAUUGCACCUAUGUGUGGUAACCUCGAGCUCUUUGUAAACGCUUCGAUCGGCGGUCGGUGUUAGUUAUCUUUUCGCAAAAAGCCGCGCGAGGGGUGCAUUCGUCAGAUCUGGACGGACCAAAAUAGCCUUUAAUAUGAUAAUAAUAAGAGUUGAAGUCAACAACACCUCUUCGAAAUGCAGGAACUACCUGUUACACUCGCAUUAGAUGCGUCUUCACUGAUUAUUGUUUUCGCUGUCAUUCUCUUUAAUAAUGUGCGCUUUUCUAUCUAUAAACAUGACUUAUUUGUGUUAUUUUUGCUACUAGGACACAACUUAUUAUUUCAGUAAAACCUAUAAGUUUGUAUACUUCGUCCAUAUAAAUUAAAACAAUAUAUUAUAAUUUUUGUCUAUGUCUGCGUCUAAUAACAAUUAUUCUAAGUAACUUUUAUAAAACAGGGAAUAGCUAUUUUAUAGCAAUCUUGAGACCUUUCUCUAUUAACUUUAUCGAUUCGAUAAAAGGGGCGAGCGGCAAAACGAAGAAAGGUCUAAAACGCACCAUUAAAAUUUUGUAACUUUGUAUGCAUAAAAGCCAUUAACAUGAAAAUUGCUUCUGAAAAUGCGUUGUUAUUUUUUAUCAAACCAAUCGAUUACUUUUGUUAAAAAUAAUAAUUAAAAAACAAUGAACUCCGCGAUGCCGGUCACGCAUAGCCGUCCACUCAGUGCUCAGCGAGCUGCUUUCGGAGAAGGACUUGAACUCACUGUACCUUAAGGUCCACAGAUGGUGAGUUAAGCAUGUUGCUCUUAGUACUUUUCUGCAUUGGUAAUAAAGUGCUAAGUAGUAUUCUACUAGUUGUCGCCAAACAUGUUGCGAUCUUGCGCUAAAAAUAUUGCACUUAAUUAACAAGUAAUAUUAUGUUGAAAUAAGAGAUGUUAAAUUUUGUUGCUGUAUGUCUGAUUUUUAUAAAAUAUUGUAUAAUCUAAUGUACUUUUAAUAAAUGUAAGUUGUUUAAUAUAGGAAAUACUUAUUAUUGGAAAUAUAAAACCCUAUUCCUUCAAAAUGCAAAAUAAACUGGGGAUCUAGUUGGAA